AUGGAGUUUGCUCGAAUGUCGUUCAACACAAGAGUCUCUGCCGAGGGACUUCGAACGCAAAUGAAGCAAUACCAACCGCCUCAAUAUUCCAAAGAUCUCGAUGAACGAAUCGAGGAGGAAGAUAGAGUGGAAGCAACGCCUGUGAAGAAGAAAUUCGACGACGAUCGAAAAGACGAUAGGCGUAAAAAGGAAAAGGUCACCGUUGAAUCGCUGUUCAAGGCUGAUCCACCAUUACCGGAAAAAUUGACUGCAACGGCCAAUCGAACGGAACCGGCACCAGCACUUUCCUCAAAUGCUUUACCAUCAGUGGGAGAGCCAGCAAGUUCGAGCCUCGUCACAGCGAUGUAUCCUCCGAUUCGACGGCCGGUAGUCUCAGUAGUUAAUCGGCCGAAACUCGAUGUAGUGCGUAAAAAAACACUGCGAGCUUUGUCGGUGGACAUAAGUGACGAGCCGAGGGAGGAGAACAAGAACCGGAUAACAGCAGUGCAACCGAAGCGGAAAGCGACAGAGGUCACGAACAUUGAGGACUACCUGAAUCGAAAUGUCGAUCGAUCAAAUCCUGGUGAAUCGGCGUCAUUGUUGACACGUUUGCCACGACAAGACGAUGGCAAAUUGCCAAAUCUGCCCAACGGCUAUCCGUAA